UACUUCUCACAGAUCAGUGCCUAAAGAUACUACUCGAGACUCACUCACCGAGUAUUUAAAAAUAAAUCUCAUUUUUAUAUACUCCCGAGUUAGAUCAGUUGUGAAGAAAAUAAGUGUGAAAAAACAUGGAUUUAAUCAUUAUGUCGUGCAUAGAUUUGCCGCAAAUUGGCCGGCAUCCAAUCAGUGGACCAUCAUAUAUUUGUAGAAAAUAAAAAUAAAGUGAUUUAAAAUUGACAAACUGUGAUUUUUAUGUCACAUAACUUGGAAUUGUGGAUAACAACAAAUCCCUUCGUUGCGUUUGGUGAUUAACAUGAAUGCUUUACAUUUAUAAGUUAGUUUAAAAUGACGUCGAUCAAGGAAGACGAGAAGAAGGAAAUCCCUGAAUUUAUACGUGAUCCUCAAACAAAUAGCACAUAUCAAAGGUUAAGAUUUUUUGGAAAGGGUGGCUUUGCAAAAUGCUACGAGAUCCAGGACAUGUCAAACGACCAGGUGUAUGCAGGGAAGAUAGUCUCCAAGAAGCUGAUGGUGAAAUCGAGUCAGAAGGAGAAGAUGGCGCAGGAGAUCUCCAUACAUCGCUCCUUGCAACACAAGCAUGUAGUCGGCUUCCACAGCUUCUUCGAAGACUCCCUUAAUAUCUAUAUUAUACUUGAACUUUGUAAGAGACGAUCCAUGAUGGAGCUGCACAAGCGGAGGAAAGCCAUCACAGAGCCGGAGACAAGAUUCUACAUGCACCAGAUCCUGCUGGGAGUGCAGUACCUGCACAGCAAGCGCAUCAUCCACCGUGAUCUAAAACUCGGGAACCUGUUCCUCGAUGACGACCUCCACGUCAAAAUUGGAGACUUCGGUCUUGCUGCACGGAUUGAAUAUGAAGGGGAGAGAAAGCAGACUCUAUGUGGCACCCCCAACUACAUAGCCCCAGAGAUCCUGACCAAGAAGGGGCACUCGUUCGAGGUGGACAUCUGGAGUCUGGGCUGCAUCAUGUACACACUGCUCGUUGGCAAGCCGCCGUUUGAGACGUCCACGCUCAAAGACACUUACAAGAGGAUCAAGCAGUGUGAAUACAGCGACGGCGUAUCACUCGCGAUGCGUGUGUGUUGCGCGGGCCCCUGGCAUAAGUUGGGUACUCGAUAUGCGCAGGCGGUGGUCGCCGAUAACACGGUCAACCAUCGACUCAGGAUCCCGUCAUCGCUGCGCAAGCCCGCAGCAUCGAUGAUAGUACUGCAACUGCAGUCGAACCCCGCGCGGCGGCCGUCGGUGGACAAGCUGUUGCAGCACGAGUUCUUCUCGUCGGGCAUCAUGCCGGCCGCGCUGCCGCUGUCGUGCCUCACCACCGCGCCCAGGACCGACCAGCUCGAGGGCGUCUCGCUGCAUCGCCGCCCGCUCAACGAGGUCAACACCAACGAUCACAUGGCGAUGGCUGUGGACUCGCCAAUGAAGCGCGAGCUGAACGCGGAGCCGCGAGCGGUGGAACCCAACUCGCAUCGCCAGAAUCUCAUCGCACUGCGGGACCAACUCGCGCGCCUGCUCUCUAAUAAGUUGAUGUGCCGGCCUGAAUGCCUGACAGACGAGCUGAGCGACCCGGCCGCGCAGCCGCUGGUGUGGGUGGGCAAGUGGGUCGACUACAGCGACAAGUACGGCUUCGGCUACCAGCUGUGCGACGAGAGCGUCGGCGUCAUGUUCAACGACACCACCAAGCUCAUCAUGCUGGCUAACGGCCUGAACGUGCACUACAUCAACCGGCAGGGCCAGGAGCAGUACAUGACGAUGCGCGAGUACCCGCCCGAGCUCGACAAGAAGAUGAAGCUGCUCACAUACUUCCGCAGAUAUAUGACCGAACACCUCAUGAAAGCUGGUGCGUCGGUGCCAGUGAGAGAGAGCGACGGGCUGUCUCGGUUGCCGCAUCUGCACCAAUGGUUCAGGACCACACUCGCAGUCAUUAUGUACCUCACAAACGGCACGCUACAGAUAAACUUCCAAGACCACACAAAGAUAAUCCUGUGCCCGCUCAUGCAAGCGGUCACAUACAUCGACGUGGACAAGAACUUCCGAACAUUCCGUUUCACUACCAUAGAAGAGAAGGGCUGUGACAAGAAGCUUUACACUAACCUCACGUACGCGCUAGAAAAAAUAAACAGUGUACUCGCCAACAAACUGUGCUAGCCUCAGUGCAGCUCUCACUGAGGACACACAAGUAAACAUUAUUAUUUAAAUGAAUUAUGAUAAGAUGUCCAAGAAGGACAUAUUCUCGAAGACUAGUGUUCUAGGGUUAGUACACUUCCAGAAGUGAUGUGGACAGAGCCCUUUAUUUAAUCCUUUCUAGUUUAUUCGUGAUUUUUAUAACACUUUGUCACAAUAAAUCAACUUUGGUAUAUAUUUUACUACUUACUUGGAUGUUAUAGUUUUAAUUUCCACAAUACAUUUAUUUAUUAGAAUAGUUAUCACUGAACUUGUGUAAGUUGAUGGCUGGUUGCACUUGCUAUGCAGGUGUAUAUUAUGUGCUCACUUUACCAGCAGAACAUAUUGAAAAUGUCAAUAGUACAAAAUCUUAUGGACUAGAUGGAUAGUGCCGGCUCGACGUCGGUUUGACAGGCUCGUUAGGGACAGGGUGUAGUUUGUCAGUGCCUUCGAGUUUAGUUAGUUACAAUAAGUUAAAUUUUGGUUGAUUUCAUACUUUUUAAAAUUAUAGCGACGCACAUGACUGAGGGACCGAGUGCGUGGUUGCUGAUCAUUUGGAGCUUUUUAUUUAGUUUUUAACACUAUAUUUUUAUAACAUUUGUUUCUGUGCUUCAGUUGCAUCGGAGAUAAAUUUCUUGAGGGUUUCUUAAUUAAUUAAUUGGUACAGUUCAUGACAGAUGUGCUUAUUUGUAUUGAACAUGAUUGUAAAAUGUGUAUGUUAAAGAAGUUAAAAUGUCAGUAUUAGAGCAGAUUCGAUGGUGUUGAAGCACUGCCAAUUUGUAACUUCAAAGUUCUGAGGUUUGUUACCUCCUGUAAAAUAACAGAUUUGACAAUAAAGAUAUGAGUAAAACCUG